CCCACGCAGAGCAGUGUUUUCCAACUCUCCGCCUGCGUCUCAUCGGGGCCCACCGCCACCCGGAGAGACCCCGUCCAGAUCUGCAGAGUGUCAUGAAAAAGGAACGGAAAAGAGACGUCACUGUUGGUGAAAGGGGAGUUUUCUUGCCCAGUUGGCGGUUACUUCAUGAUUGGAAAAGAAGUACCUAGGUGGUUGCAAAGAUUAGAUUUUCAUAGUUGUACGGAUGAAGCUUUGUUAAAAGAAGAUGAGAAUAUGCUUUCUCAGAUGGGUCAUAAUAGGCUGAUGAGUAAGUAAGCCUGAACAAGACAGAUUGGAAAUGAGGGCAGGAAUCCGGAGUGUUUUAAAACCAAGUAGGACUUUGAACACUUGCUGAGGAUGUUUUUCUCCCAAAAAUGGAGGAAGAAAAAAAAUUUUCACAGCCAGAAGUGUAAAAAGCUGAGCGGAGUAACAACCCAGUCUGCUCCAAGGAUUUCAGUACUUCAUCAACUUCUUUGAGAGCACACAGACAAAGGCAUCAGACCUGUAUGAUGACCUUAUCACCAGGGAUGGUAUCCUGUGCCAGGAAUGAGUUCUUAAUUUGGAUUUUGGAGUGCUUUUUUUUUUUUCUUUUUUUACAAUGUGGGGUUUUUGACUCUUCAUGUUAGGUAGAUUUCUGUCACAGAAGUAAAUUGUGAAUUCAUAGUAUUCUUGACUAUCUCCACUCCUGUUUUCUAUGUGACAUGGGAAAAUCAGAGGCUUUAACAUUCCUUGAAGUUUUAUUGGAAGCAACACUGCAUCAGGGAGGCAGAUUCACAGUGUAAGGUUUCUCUUUUUGGCAACUAUACUUUGAAUGAGCUGAAUGUCAGCAGGAUUUCACAGCACAUACAAUUUACAGUCUUUGUUUUAUCAAGGCCUUAAAUGUAUGUUUUAUACUCAGCAGAUGGGAAGCACAUUGAGCGCUGCAUUUGACAUGUAUGCCUGAGGAAAGGAGCUCCCCGAUGGAUCAUGGCGUUAAUGUUUACAGGACAUUGCUUAUUUUUAGUAUUAGUGAUGUUUGCUUUCUCUACUUUGGAGGAAUCUGUGAGCAAUUACUCUGACUGGGCAGUUUUCACAGAUGACAUAGAUCCAUUUAAGACACAAAGAGUGCAAGAUGUCAGACCCAAUCAAAAACCGAAGAAGAGUAUGCUUCAUCCACGUUUGUAUUUUGAUGCUGGAGAGAUCCAAGCAAUGAGACAGAAGUCUCGCACGACCCAUUUGCACCUUUUUAGAGCAAUCAGGAGCGCGGUGACUGCUAUGCUGUCAAACCCGACAUACUACCUACCUCCACCCAAGCAUGCUGAUUUUGCUGCCAAGUGGAAUGAAAUCUAUGGUAACAAUCUGCCUCCUUUAGCGCUGUACUGUUUGCUGUGCCCGGAAGACAAAGUUGCCUUUGAAUUUGCAUUGGAAUACAUGGAUAGGAUGGUGGGCUACAAAAACUGGCUGGUGGAGAAUGCACCAGGGGAUGAGGUUCCAGUUGGCCAUUCCCUAACAGGUUUUGCCACUGCCUUUGACUUUUUAUAUAAUUUAUUAGAUGGUCGUCGGAGACAAAGAUACCUAGAAAAAAUAUGGGUUAUUACUGAGGAAAUGUAUGAGUUUUCUAAGGUCCGUUCCUGGGGCAAACAACUUCUUCACAACCACCAAGCUACUAACAUGAUAGCACUGCUCACCGGGGCUUUGGUGACUGGGGUAGAUAAAGCGACUAAGGUAAAUCUGUGGAAACAGGUUGUAGUAGAUGUGAUGGAAAAGACCAUGUUUCUGUUGAAUCACAUUGUUGAUGGCUCUUUGGAUGAAGGUGUGGCCUAUGGAAGCUACACAGCUAAAUCAGUCACACAGUAUGUUUUUCUGGCCCAGCGCCACUUUAAUAUCAACAACUUGGAUAACAACUGGUUAAAAAUGCACUUUUGGUUCUAUUAUUCCACCCUUUUGCCAGGCUUCCAAAGGACCGUGGGGAUAGCAGAUUCCAAUUAUAACUGGUUUUAUGGUCCUGAGAGCCAGUUAGUUUUUUUGGAUAAAUUUGUCUUAAAGAAUGGAGCUGGGAAUUGGUUAGCUCAGCAAAUCAGAAGGCACCGACCUAAAGACGGACCCAUGGUCCCCUCCACUGCCCAGAGGUGGAGUACCCUUCACACUGAAUACAUCUGGUAUGACCCCCAGCUUACCCCACAGCCUCCUGCGGAAUAUGGCACUGCAAAAUUGCACAUGUUCCCUAACUGGGGUGUGGUCACUUAUGGGGCUGGGCUGCCAAAUACACAGACCAAUACCUUUGUGUCUUUUAAGUCUGGGAAGCUAGGAGGGCGUGCUGUGUAUGACAUAGUUCACUUCCAGCCAUAUUCCUGGAUUGAUGGGUGGAGGAGCUUCAACCCUGGACAUGAACAUCCGGAUCAGAACUCAUUUACCUUUGCCCCCAACGGGCAGGUGUUUGUUUCCGAAGCUCUCUAUGGACCCAAGUUGAGCCACCUGAACAACGUGCUGGUGUUCGCGCCGUCACCCACGAGCCAGUGUAAUAAGCCCUGGGAAGGUCAGCUGGGAGAAUGUGCACAGUGGCUCAAGUGGACCGGCGAGGAGGUUGGUGAUGCGGCCGGGGAAAUCAUUACUGCCUCUCAGCACGGGGACAUGAUAUUUGUGAGUGGGGAAGCCGUGUCGGCUUACUCUUCAGCAAUGAAGCUGAAAAGUGUGUAUCGGGCUUUGCUUCUCUUAAACUCUCAGACUCUGCUAGUUGUUGAUCACGUCGAGAAGCAAGAAGAUUCCCCAAUAAAAUCUGUCAGUGCCUUCUUCCAUAAUCUGGAUAUUGAUUUUAAGUACAUCCCAUAUAGAUUCAUGAACAGGUACAGUGGCGCCUUGAUGGACGUGUGGGAUGCUCACUACAAGAUGUUUUGGUUUGACCAUCGCGGCAGUAGCCCCCUUGCUAGUAUCCAGGAAGCAGAGCAAGCCGCUGAAUUUAAGAAACGCUGGACUCAGUUUGUCAAUGUUACGUUUCAGAUGGAAUCCGCAAUCACAAGAAUCGCGUAUGUCUUCUAUGGGCCAUAUGUCAAUGUUUCCAGCUGCAGAUUUAUUGAUAAUUCCAACUCUGGACUUCAGCUUUCUCUCAAUGUCAAUAACACCGACCAUGUUGUUUCGAUCGUGACCGACUACCAGAACUUGAAGACAAGGUUUGACUACCUGGGAUUUGGCGGCUUUGCCACUGUGGCUGAUCAGGCCCAAGUAACCCGCUUUGGUUUGGGCGCUGAGGCAAUAGUAAAGCCAGUAAGACGGGAUAGAGUUAUUUUCCCCUUUGGAUUUAAAUUUAAUGUAGCAGUUGGGUUGAUUUUGUGCAUCGGCCUGGUGAUCUUAACUUUUCAGUGGCGGUUUUACCUUUCUUUUAGAAAGCUUAUGCGGUGGAUCCUCAUCCUUGUUAUUGCCUUGUGGUCCGUUGAGCUGCUGGACGUGUGGAGCACUUGCACGCAGCCCAUCUGUGCCAAAUGGGCGAGGCCGGAGACUGAGGCGAGCGCGCAGGCGCCGGCCCCGGGAGGCCAGCGCGCAGACCCGCCGGACGUCAUCAUUACCUCACUUCCUGGUUCCGGAGCCGAGAUUCUCAAACAACUCUUCUUCAACAGCAGUGACUUCCUCUACAUCCGGGUCCCCACAGCCUACAUUGACAUCCCGGAAACGGAAUUGGAAAUUGACUCCUUUGUGGACGCCUGUGAAUGGACAGCUUCCGACGUCCACGGGGUGCGUUUCCGUUUACUCCGAGGCUGGCUGCAGUCCUUGGUCCGAGACACGAAACUCCACUUGCAGAACAUCCAUCUGCACGAACCCAGUAGGGGAAAACUGGCCCAGUAUUUUACCAUGAAUAAAGACAAGAAAAGGAAGUUGAGAAGGAGAGAGUCUCUGGCAGAACAAAGAAGCAGAAUGAAAGGCGCCUUUGACAGAGACGCUGAAUACGUCCGGGCUCUGCGGAGACACCUGGUCCACUACCCCAGCGCGCGGCCGGUGCUCAGCCUGGGCAGCGGGAGCUGGACCGUAAAGCUGCAUUUCUUUCAUGAGGUGUUGGGAGCCUCCAUGAGGGCCUUGUACGUGGUGAGGGACCCUCGGGCGUGGGUUUAUUCCAUGCUGUACAGUAGUAAACCUAGCCUUUACUCUUUGAAGAAUGUACAGGAGCACUUAGCUAAGCUGUUUAAAACGGAGGGAAGUGCAGGCCGUUGUACCUUGAACUCAGGCUAUGCUGUCGAGUAUGAAUUGCUGCGGAAGGAACUGCUGGCAUCCAGACCUCACCCAGUCUCGCUGCUGGCCCAUGCGUGGCUGGCAAACACGGCCGCUGCCCUGAGGAUAAAUGCCGACCUGCUGCCCACCAACUACCAGCUGAUCAAGUUUGAAGAUCUUGUGCAUUUCCCUCAGAAAACCACGGAAAGGAUUUUUGCCUUCCUUGGAAUUCCUGUAUCUCCUGCUACUUUAAACCAAAUAUUGUUUGCCACCUCCACGAACCUUUUCUACCUUCCCUACGAAGGGGAGAUAUCACCCGCUAAUACUAACGUUUGGGAACGAAACUUGCCGAAGGAUGAAAUUAAACUAAUUGAGAACAUCUGCUGGACGCUGAUGGAUCGUCUAGGAUACCCAAAGUUUAUGGACUGAGUGCUGCAGGUCACAACCCAGGAGCAGUUCCAGAGCCUCCAGUUGGAACCUCAGCCUUCCAGCGAGGAGCCCGGGACAGCACGCGCCUCUGCCACACACCUAUGAUCACAGGGUUCAUCCCACUGAGGACAGGAGUUCCUCUUCUGUGACUGGUUUUCCUUGGAUACUGCCAUCCAAACCCUGGGUGAGGCUCACCAUCUGCAAACAGAAGGCGCUGUUUUGCUGAGCCUUGCACAUGUCAGGCCUGCUGCCCCCACUUCUCUGACUGUAGGUAUGAUGGAUAGGUUAUGCUAGCAUGUGGACGCUGAAAAGACGUGCUGACCCUAUCAGAAGCCCUCUUCUGUGAUACUGAUAAGUCUCUGUGACCAGAGCUGGGACUGAGUCAGAACUCCUAUGCUCACACCCUACCCUGUGGUACAAAGCGUAUACCUCUGACCUUCCGUUACCACAUCCUCCUGCCCUUACCAGCGACCCCAGAGGUAACAACUAUCCUAGAUUUUGUGUUUACCAUUCCUGUGCUCUUCUUUAUAGCUCCACCACAUAUGUCUCUCUAUUUAUCAACACAUUGUGCAUUUUUUCAUGUUUUUAUAUAUUGUGUAAACCAGUAACAUACUGCAUAUAUUCUUACACAGCUUGCUUUUCUUCACUCAAAAUUUUGUCUAAUGCAUGUUGAUGUUUGUAGGUGGAGAGCACUUAUUUCCAACAUGAUGGGUUCCAGUAUAGACUACUGUCCAGAAAGCAUACUUUAUGAAUCUUUCACCUUGUUGGAUUUUGGGAAUAUUUUUAAUUUUUGUAACUUUAAACAUUAUACAUAAAACUUUAUAUGUGCUAUAUAAUGCACAUAUGUUAAUGCAAGAAUUUUGUCAUUGUGGUUUUUUUUUUUUGUACCCAGAAACCUUCCCAUCCAGCCCCACUGCAGCCUAGUAUAUAUAUUGAGAGCUCAAAGCACAUCCUCAAGUAUUCUUGAUACCAAAUUAUUAUUUUCACAGAUUGUUUGUACCAGUUGACACUCUAGCAAUUGUUGAAAAGCUUGUGUUACUCCAAAGCUUCUCCUGUACUUGGCAUUUUCAUACUUUUGAAUAUUUUUCUGUCUAGUAGGAUGAAAGAGUGCUAUGUUUUUUUUUUUUUAGUUCUGUUAAUAACAUAGAACACAUGUGCAGCACAUGCACUAGUGUACACACACACACACACAGUAUUCCUUUAUUUUUCCCAUUUGUGUUUCUUCUUUUGUGAAAAGAAAUCAUGCCCCUGUCUUUUAUCCAUUUUUCCAUGGCAUUCAUUUUUUUUUCUCACUGAUUCAUUGACAUUUACUGUAUAUUAAUAAUACUAACCCUUUUUUGGUUAUACUUGCUGUGAAUAACUUCUUGGCUUAUAUUUUUAUGAUCUUUGUACUAUGACUUUUAUGACAUUUUGAUAUGCAGGUG